GCUCCGGCUGCUGUUCCUGCUUUUACUCCGCCCCUUUCCUGGUGACGCACCUGUUGGUAUUGUGUCCAAACAGUGGAGCAAUCGCUACCGACGGUAGAGAUAGGUCUUGGCGGAGAACGUGAGCCCGAGUCUGGGUGAAGGAACGUGGUCCUGCCAUGGCAGAAGGAGGAUAUGAUCCUUGUGAAUGCAUCUGUUCGCACGAACAUGCUAUGAGAAGGCUGAUAAACUUGCUGCGACAGUCACAAUCCUAUUGCACAGACAAUGAGUGUCUGCAAGAAUUGCCUGGACCAAAUGCUUCCAAUGAUAGUGGAAUAACAUUGUCUAUGAUUAUUAUGGCUUGGGUGAUUAUUGCCCUUGUUUUAUUCUUGAUGAGACCUGCUAGUCUGAGAGGAUAUCAAACAGGUGGAAAAUCACAUGGCCCACAGAAUAAUCCAAGACAAGAUCCCCCUGCUCCACCAGUGGAUUAACUUUCUUCAUAUCUUGCGAUUCAGUCAAGAAACCAAUGACCAAAUCAUUGAUUGUGGCCUGAAUAACUCUCAAAAU